AUGUUAAUGACAUGUGAAGGCAUCCAGGGGGAUGACAACCUCCAGUCCAUGCUGGUGGGCACGAUCAUGAGGAAGAUCAAGUCUCGUACCUGGAAGAAGCAGCGCUACUUCAAACUGCAGGACGACUGCAUGACCAUCUGGUACAAGUCCAAGAAGGCUGGUAACACCCACUCCACAUUUUCAGUGAGCGACGUGGAGGCCAUACGAGAUGGACACCAGUCCGAAGUGCUGCUCAGCAUCGCUGAUGAGUUCCCAGCCGACCGGUGCUUCACGCUGGUCUUCCGUGGUCGCAGGGGCAACCUGGACCUGGUGGCUGAGUCGGCCGAGGAGGCACAGUCCUGGAUCCGAGGCGUGAGGAAGCUGAUGGAGAACCUGGAGAACAUGGGGGAACGGGAGAAACUUGACCAAUGGAUCGGUGACUGGUUCCGGAAGGCAGACAAGAACAACGAUGGCAGGAUGAACUUCAAGGAAGUGCAAGAUUUACUGAAGAUGAUGAAUGUGGACAUGAACGAGCACCACGCUCAUCGUCUCUUCACAAUGGCCGAUAAGUCCCAGUCGGGUUCACUGGAGGACGAUGAGUUUGUGCUCUUCUACAAGAUGUUGACACAGCGAGAGGAUGUUCUGAGGGUUUUCCAGGAGUACUCGUUCGAUGGCCAGAAGUUAUCCCAAAGUGACUUGGAAGACUUCCUGAGAGAGGAGCAGCUGGAUGGGAUGGGCGUCCAGCAGCAAGCCGAGCAGCUCAUUGAGCGCUACGAGCCCUCUGACACGGCCAAGCUGCUAAAGGCCAUGACGUUUGACGGCUUCUUGAUGUACCUGGGUUCGGCUGAGGGCUCCAUCUUCAACCCACAGUGGCGCGGUGUCUUCCAGGACAUGAGCCAGCCACUGUGCCAUUACUUCAUCUCCUCCUCCCACAACACCUACCUGAUGGAGGACCAGCUCCGAGGGCAGAGCAGUGUUGAGGGAUACAUCAGGGCUCUGAGUCGUGGCUGUCGGUGUGUGGAAGUGGACUGCUGGGACGGUGCCAACGGAGAGCCAAUCGUCUACCACGGACACACCUUCACCUCAAAGAUACUCUUCAAGGAUGUGGUCACCGCAGUUGGCAACUAUGCCUUUAAGGUAUCGGAAUAUCCAGUCAUCCUGUCCAUGGAGAACCACUGCAGUGUUGAGCAACAGAGAGUCAUGGCCCAACACCUCAAACACAUCCUUGGUGACAAGCUGCUGAAGAGCACGCUGGAGGGCAAGGCCCUCACCGGGCUGCCGUCUCCUGAGGAUCUCAAGAGGAAGAUUCUCCUAAAGGCAAAGAAGAUUGGUGGUCUGGAGGAGAGUUUCAACGGGAUGGGGGAGGACUCUCAGACCGGAGAGGUCAGUGAUGAAGAUGAGGUGGCCGAAAUCAACGAAGAUAACCUCCACCGCGAGAGCAUCUGUCGCAGGGUAAAGAAGUCAAAGCAGCGUCUGUCCAAGGAGCUCUCCGACUGUGUUGUUUACUGCAAAAGCGUCCACUUCAGUAACUUUAAACACUCCCGCAUCCACUCCAAGUUCUACGAGGUGGCCUCUUUCACUGAGUCCAAGGCCCGGAAGCACCUGAGAGAAACUGGGACGGAGUUUGUGCACCAUAACUCACGUCAGCUGACCAGAGUUUAUCCCAGUGGCUUCCGAACUGAUUCCUCCAAUUUCAACCCUCAGGAAAUGUGGAACGCCGGAUGCCAAAUCGUUGCGUUGAAUUUCCAGACAGCCGGGGAGGGGAUGGACCUGAACGACGGACUGUUUGGUCCAAAUGGCAGCUGUGGCUACGUCCUGAAGCCCAGUUUCAUGAGAGAGGUGGAGAAAAGAUUUGAUCCUGAGAUACCCCACCAGCGGGAUGGCUACCAACCUGUGGUCCUCACCAUACAGGUGAUCAGUGGUCAGCAGCUGCCCAAAGUCAACAUCAAAGAAGACUCCAUCGUGGAUCCUCUGGUCAGAGUGGAGAUCCACGGGGUACCGAUGGACCAGUCCAAGCAGGAGACCAGAUACAUCGAGAACAAUGGGUUCAACCCUGUGUGGUACGACACGCUGCGCUUCACCCUGCACACCCCUGAGCUGGCCAUGGUGCGCUUUGUGGUGGAGGACUACGACAAGACCUCUAGAAACGACUUUGUGGGCCAGUAUACGCUCCCUCUGCACUGCAUGCAGCAAGGUUAUCGUCACAUCCACCUGUUGUCCAGAGAUGGAACCAGGAUUCCUCCUUCCUCCCUGUUCGUGCACAUCAGGAUCACGGAGCUGGGGUGAUCCUUCUGGGAGGAACCUCCUCAGCACAUAGGCGUUCCUUCCUGUAGACGAUACUAAUCCCACCUACGUAACUGUUUUAUUCUUAUUUGAUGUGAAUACAUAUUAUGCCAAAUCUUCUAGAGGUCUUAUGGCAGCAGAUGGAUAUGAGAUAUGCAUGUUUUUAGUUUUGCUCAGUAUCGUGUGUGUUUGAAAUGAAGAAUGUGCCACCAGUGUGUCUACAGCAGUCAGUUUUUCCCUCUGAGAACAACACUGACGGCUUCCCAUCAUGCAACGCUCCACACAGCUUCCUGUUAACUAUAUUUCAUAAAUCACCAAUCAAGCUGAAUUCAUACUGUUUGAGAUUGAUUAAAUUAAGUUAAAAAGAAACUAGAAAUGAUGUCCAAAUUGUGGCGAUACAAAACAUUUACAACAUAAUAUAAUAAUGAAAUAUAAUUAUAAUAAUAUAAUCCUCAAAGAUAUCUUCGGCCAUUCUGUACUUCUAGGCUGAAACUAAUGUGAUAAACUAAAAUCAGACACACUAAUAAAUCAGUCAUAUUAUUCAAAAUCACGGCCUGCUUUUACAA